AUGGAAGUCAAACCCACCGAUCUGGAAUCACAACCCACGCCAGUGAAUUCCCCGCACGAGUCGGAUACAGAGGAGCCCCUUAAGCCACAACCGCCAGCGGGUUACGCCAUCCAAUUUUGGCGCAAAUGUCUCAUCCUAUUUGUCGUCAGUUGGACGACUCUUGCCGUCACAUUUUCGAGUACCUCAUUAUUACCUGCAACACCAGAAAUUGCUGAGCAAUUCUCCACGACGUCCGAAAUCCUCGAUGUUAUUAAUGCGGGUGUGCUCAUCGCAAUGGGCUUUUCCUCAUUCAUUUGGGGUCCGUUAACUAAUGUUUUUGGGCGGAGGAAUGCCUACAAUGCGGCUAUUCUCGUUCUCUGUGCCUGCUCGGCGGGCACGGCUGCAUCUAUUAAUUUAAAUAUGUUUAUUGCUAUGCGCCUGCUCAGUGGUUUUACGGGAACGUAUUUUAUGGUCGCGGGACAGACUAUUAUUGCGGAUAUCUUUGAGCCGGUUGUGAGGGGAACAGCUGUUGGCUUCCUGAUGGUGGGUUCCGUUAGCGGUCCUGCAAUUGGUCCUUGUAUUGGAGGUAUUAUUGUCACAUUCGCCCACUGGCGCAUCAUCUACUGGCUCCAAUUCGCCAUGACUGCACUCAGUCUAGUGCUAUCUCUGCUUUUUGUACCAAACCUGGAAGCAAAGAAAGAGAACAAGCCGCCGCGAAAACUGUCAUACGUGUUGAGCAUGUUUAACCCUCUGCGCAUCUUCCGCCCAUUCAUUUACCCAAACGUCUUCCUCUCUCACCUCACGUGCGGUCUGCUGGCAACAUUUCAAUAUGGUAUCCUCACAUCUGCACGCACUAUCUUUAACCCCCGCUUCAACUUGACUUCGCCAUUAGUGAGCGGUCUCUUCUACCUUUCGCCAGGUAUUGGCUUCCUGGUUGGAAGUGUCAUGGGCGGCAAACUAUCCGACCGUGCUGUGAAGAAGUGGAUCGUCAAGCGUGGCGGGGUCCGUCUCCCUCAAGACCGGUUGAACAGUGGACUCAUCACCCUGUUCUUGGUGCUACCCAUCGGAACCUUAAUCUAUGCAUGGACUCUGGAAGAAGGGGUGGGUGGUAUGCCCGUGCCUAUUAUUGCUGCUUUCUUUGCGGCCAUUGGACUCAUGGGAUCAUUCAAUGGGUUGAACACAUACUCAGCUGAGGUCAUGCCACACAUCCGCUCUGAGGUAAUCAGUGGCAAGUAUGCUGUGCAGUAUAUCUUUGCUGCGGGUGCCACUGCGGCUGUUGAUCCUUUGAUCAAUGCGAUUGGAGUUGGUUGGACAUUUACAAUUUGUGUCUUCUUCGCCAUCAUUGGCGGUUUUAAUGUUUGGAUAAUCACGAGAUGGGGACUCGAUAUACAGCGAUGGGUGGAAAGAAAGUUGAACAUUGAGGCCAAGCCUCUAGACUGA